AUGUCGGAGGCCGGUCUAGCAGAGCGAAUCGACGCCACCAUCGCUGAGUUCUUCUCGUCAUGGAACAUCUGGACGACCAUCCUUGCGCUCACUCUCGCACUGUUCCUCAUCUACCCGGUGCUUACGGGUCGUGAGCCAGAUACUCACCCCUACUUGCUCGCAAGACAAGCACAAGUUGCACCCAUUCGCCAAUCAGGUGAGUCGGCCGUCUACCGCGCCAUCGAUAUCCCACACGGCUAUCCUCUCCGUGCCGGCCUGGGCGUCAAAGAUCCAGGGACUCCAAAGUGGAGUUCGGGCCGACCUGGAGAUCUGCGGGAUAUUUGGAGGUCGGCCGUCCGUGGUGCGGUCAAUGAAGAGGGCAAUCCAACAGGCCAAAGAGGCAAAAUUUUGACGGUCCUCGGCCUGGAAAAGGUCAUCGAGCAUGAUCUGGAAGACUUGACGUUGGGCAUCAAUGUCAUCGGUCAAUAUGUGAAGCGGAACAAUGGCCAGUCUGUGGCAGUCUGCCUCUCGAAUUCGGUGGAAUUGUUGUCUUCCAUCUUCGCUGGCUCGUUCUAUGGCUUCUCGACAAUUCUUCUCCCAUAUGGCCUCCCACCUGACAAGCUCAAUUCGCUUCUAUCCAAAGUCUCCGCCGACCAUUUGAUUGCCGCAGCCGGCACAUUAGACCUGGAAACCAUGUCUUCCACCGCCAAAACCAUCAAGAACAUCAUCUGGGUUACCAGGCCGGAAAACAAGCAUAUGGACUGGUCUGAAGGAUCUCCCGAAGGUUUUGCUGUCAGUUCAUGGGAGCAACUUGUGGAGAAGAAUCAACGUUCCUCUAAUUCAGAGGUUUUGCCGUUGGACAAGGAUUCUCAAGUCCCACCUGUGUCGAUAUUCUGUCCUGCGGUUAAUGGAGGAUUUGAUUUGGUCAAAUACUCCUCGGAAAACCUCAUCUCUGGCACUGCUGCACUCCUCGCCACCCUUCCACGUGCCCAAAAGCUCUCUCUGACCGAUUCAUUGCUCCCAACCACACCCCUAACAGACAGCUACACCCUUUGCUGGAUCUUUGCCACCCUGUACUCCAAUGCGACACUGUCCCUCAACUCCGUUUCUGGGGAUAACAUCGAUCUCGCCCACGCCGCCUCGCAGACUUCUCCAACAGUCGUCCUCGCCUCUCCCGCUACUGUGCAAGCAUACCUAUCCCACCCGAAUACGACACUUCCCGGUGGGUUGUCGAAGUACAUGACUACACGCACUUUGCAGCAGGGCAACCUCCCCACAAAGCAGGCCACGUCUGCCCACGCCCUCUCGCAUCUCCGGGUCCUUCUCAUCCCUCAAUCAAGCACCGCCCCAGCUUCAACCCGCUUGUCGUCAUCGACACUGCACAGUAUCCGCACACACUUGAAAUGCCGCAUUGGGUACGCCCUCACGAGUCCGUCCGUGGCGGGCGCAAUUGCGCAGACCAACAUCUUUGAUUAUCGUGACAAAGGGCUUAAAGUCUGCUGCGUCGGUGCGCCGCUUAGUAGCGUCGAGGUCAAUUUGACCGGGGAGGAGCAUGUCAUGGGGUCUCGUACUCCACGAGGGGCAACGGUCAUGAUCAAAGGACCCGCGGUGGUCGGUGGAAAGACAACGCUCGAGAACGUCCACAUGCAGAUCGACGAUGAUUAUACAUUGAUCCUACUUUGA